AUGUAUUAUUAUCUAUUAUCAACCACAAUAUUUUUAAUUUUAAAUUUAAUUUCUGCUCAAGAUAUUGGGCAGAAUUUAAAUAAUAAUGCCCAAUUAGAACAAUUUUUAAAUCAACAACAAAGCCAAAUAUCUAUUGACUUUCCUUCAUCUUUAAAUAAUGGGCUAGUUUAUAAAAAUUCUAGAAAAAAAAUCUCAUUUAAAUUAAAUUUCAGAAAUCUCCCUUCCCAACAACAAUUAGUAAUUCCCCAAACAAUUAAAUCAGCAGAUAAAACUUCAAUAUUUCCUUCUUCUCAAUUACCUUUUGAUGGAGUUCCUCCUGGAUUUGAGACAGUCUUGCCUAUUGAAGUUUUACAAAAAUUGAGGGAAUUACACAAAAAUACAAAUAUUCCUUUAACGCAAAAACAAUCAGAAUUUGACAAAAUAAUGACUUCAGUUUCACCAAAAUUACUUGCUAAACUUCCUUUACCGCCUGGAUUUGAAGCACUUCCUUCCAACAUUAAAGAGAAAAUAAAAGAAAUUAAUGGUGAUUCUUCAAUUGAUUGGAGUAAAAAACAUUUAAAAGUUAAAGAAUUAAUUGGAACAUUACCCCAACAACAACAUCCACAUCCUCAAUUACACAAUCCUAUAAGAAUUCCAUCAACACAAAUUCAACAAACAAAUUCUGGAAAUGUUAUUCCUGAAUUUUUUCCACCCAAUCCUCCUCCCGGAUUCGAAAAAGUUUUACCCCCAGAAGUAUAUCAACAACUUUUACAAAUUCACCGUUCCCCUCAAUUAACUGUCCAACAAAAAAGUCUACAAAUAGAUCAAAUAAUGCGUUCAUUGCCUCAAAACAUAAUUGACAGUUUGCCUUUGCCGCCGGGCAAUUUUUUAAAUUAA